UAAUUUAAAUUAAGCUAUGUACAUCACAUUUUACGAGGAAGUAACAAACACAAAAUAAACAUAGAGACCGUUGCAAGCUAUAAACAUUGCUUAAACUACUUAAACGCCUUAGUCUCGCGUAAAGUGCAAUUAAUCCCACGUAUUUAUACACUGUGUACAUAUAUCUAAUUAAUUGGUGAUUCUGCACACAGUUACUGAAAUAUUUAAUUUUAUAGCUAAUUCCUAAGUUCAGCUAAGUUAGGCUUUAAGAUGACCAGUAUGUCCCGCUGGUUGGACGUGGAAGUAGGUACAGAUGAUAUAGAUCUAAAUACUUUGCCGUCUAAUUUAGCUCUUGUCGAUCUGCAGAAUGAUAAAGAUUAUAAACUACUGGUCGCUGAUUUUGGAAAAGGCGAAGAGGGCCCUAAACUUAAGGUAUUCAAAGGAACAAUGCAAACAUCAGACAUCCUGUUACCAGAACUACCCCUUGGCAUAGUUGGUUUCUAUACGUCAGAGGCAAUGCCAAGGUCCAUGCCAAUCAUAGCUGUGGCAUUCAGCUCUGCAGUAUACUUAUACAGAAAUAUGAAGUUUUUUUACAAAUAUCUAUUGCCAUCGGUUGAUUUGAGCGUCCACGAGAUGGACAUUUGGAAGCAGCUAAUAAACUCAGAAAAUCAGACACCAGAAAUGAUAACAAUACUCCAAGAGAAUUUAAAAGCUAUUCCUCCGAAGAUAUUAAGUCUGCAAUCUCAGAAUUUCCUGGCUCUUACCUUAGACCAGCAGUUGGAAUACCUAGAACAAGCUGCCGAACUACCUAUGUGGAAACCUCCAGAGAUCACAUGCAUCAGUACAUUGAAGAUGAACUCAAUAGACCAGUAUUCUGUGAGUUGUUUGGUAGUUGGUACAGAAGAUGGUUACAUUAUUAUUUUGGAUCCCCAAACAUUUACAACUCUGUCGCAGGCUAAACUAUGUCCAAUGAAGAAAACACCUUACAGAAUGAUAACAACCGGAUUGUAUAAUGUUGACUACAGAAUUACAGUUGCGUCAAGGGAGAAAUCAGUGUGCUUAUUGAAGAGGGAAUCCACCGAAGGGCGCAUACUAUUCAAUACAGAGGAACACAUCAUAUCUAUAGAGGUCAUCACCGCCGAUGAAAGCAUCAUAGUUAUAUGUACAGACAACACGAUGUCAUGUUACACCAAAAAGGGUAAGAAGCAGUGGUGCGUCAACUUGGAGCACAGGCCGAUAUCGAUGACUCUGGUGCCGGUACUGCAUUUGGGAGUCACCUUAGUGGGGGUGGCGCUGACUUCAGGGCAUGUCCACUUCUAUGAAGGGAAAGCGCGUUUGGACACAUUGUUUGUUAGAGAUGUCGCUUCGGUGAUGAGGUUCGGUCGGUUGGGUCAAGAGGAGCACGUGCUCAUCGUUGUGACCGGCAGCGGGAACCUGAUGUUGAAGAUCUUGAAGCGCACGGCGGAUUUCAACAGCAGCGCGGCCGGAGUCGAGCCGGCGCCCUCCGCCGCCGCCGGACACAAGCCCUGGCUGAUACCGAAGAAAUCAAAACUGUUUCUAGAACAAUCGGCGAGGGAGCGAGAAAAUGCCGUCCCUAUGCACGAGGCUUUUCAAUUAGAAUUGAACAGAUUGAGGUUGCUGGCCACAAGAACGCUCCUGGAUGCUCACGCCAAAUCCGAGAAUUUCAUGGGAGUCGGGGCCAUGGAGCCCAUAGGACUGACGGCUGAGGUUGAAGGUCUGGGCCCCGUGUUCCGGGUGACGCUCUUCGUGGAGAACAAGUCAAAGGAGCGAGCGGUAGCGGGGCUCGCGGUACUAUUCCACGCGCACACCGCCCACUACAGAGUAACGAAUCCAUACAUUAAGGUACCGUUAAUAUCUCCGGGAGGGAAAUUAAAAUUUCCAACGAAGAUCGAAGAGGUAUUCGAGGAGAACAUAAAUCCUGAUGUGUUCUUUCGUCCUGUGACCGGACAGGCCGGGGACCGCGCGCUGGUCAAAGUGUUACUGCUGAAAGAGGACAGGAAGAGGCCCGUACUGGCGGCCACAGUUCAGAUGCCUCCGACCGAUCCGAUGAUGUUGCCAUUCGAGAAAAUACAAUCCGGUUACCAGAAUAACGCUGUCGAUUGGGAAAUAGAACGAAAAAAUUGAAUAAGAUGUAGUAUUAUAAUAAAUAAAGCGUUUUAUUUCUUCUCUUGUUUAUUG